AAGCCACCAACCUGAUGGUGAGGCGAAUGGGCUGGGGGAGGAGCAGGGGGCAGCUGGGGCAAUGGGGAGACCUGGGGCCUGGAUCAGUGCCCCUCCUCCCCAUGCCACUGCCUCCUCUCCCUCCUCCUCCGUGUCGGGGGCCUGGGGGAGGGAGGCUCUCCAUCUUCUCUCUGUCCCCUGCUCCUCACACGAGAAGUGUGCCUUCUUCAGUUCCUCCCCCAGUCCUGGGGCCCUCCUGCCCAGCUGUACAGACCCCAGGGGCUUCUCAGCCUCCACACAGGGCUCUCCCCACCCCAGCCACACCCCCAACACAGGUAGAGCUUGUGAUGACACCCAUCACUGCUCCUCCCUCCUGGGGUUCCCAUUCCACCCCACCCCUGGCUUCGGUGACUGCCCCUCCUUCACGCCGAUGCCCCCAGGACAAUCCUGGGCUGCGGAUAGGCCCUCUGAUCCCUGAGCAGGAUUAUGAGCGGCUGGAGGACUGUGACCCUGAGGGGUCCCAAGACUCACCCCUCCAUGGGGAGGAGCAGCAGCCCCUGCUUCAUGUGCCUGAAGGGCUCCGAGGCUCCUGGCACCACAUCCAGAACCUGGACAGCUUCUUCACCAAGAUCUACAGCUACCACCAGCGGAAUGGCUUUGCCUGUAUCCUGCUGGAGGAUGUCUUCCAGCUGGGGCAAUUUGUUUUCAUCAUCACCUUCACGACCUUCCUUCUUCGCUGCGUGGAUUACAACAUUCUCUUUGCCAACCAACCAAACAACCAAACAAGACCUGGGCUGCCUCACAGCAAAGUGACUUUGUCAGAUGCCAUCCUACCCUCGUCCCAGUGUGCCCAGCGGAUCCGCUCAAGCCCUCUGCUGGUCUUCCUUCUGAUCCUGGCUGCGGCCUUCUGGCUCGUUCAGCUGCUUCGCUCAGUCUGCAACCUCUUCAGCUUCUGGGACAUCCAGGUGUUUUACAGGGAGGCCCUGCACAUCCCCCCGGUGAGCUGGGUGGGGGUGUCUGUGUGGAGGGGUGCCAUGUCAUGGGGCAGAGUCCGGGGAGGAGUAGGGGCUGUACGGACAGAAGGGCCCAUUGGAAAGCUGGCAGAAGGCCUCACUGACACCUACUCUAGGCCCCGAAUAAUCUUAGGAGGUACCACCACUUAUAAAACACGGUCCCCACUCUACGCCGCGCUGCUCCUGCUCACCGUCUAUGACGAGGACGUGCUCGCCGUGGAGCACGUGCUCACCGCCAUGACCGCGCUCGGGGUCACGGCCACCGUGGCCAGGUCUUUCAUUCCGGAGGAGCAGUGCCAGGCACGUUCUCCGCAGCUCCUGCUGCAGUCGGCCUUGGCCCACAUGCAUUACCUCCCCGAGGAGCCCGGUGCUGCCGGCAGGGCUAGCGCUUACCGGCAGAUGGCGCGGCUGCUGCAAUACCGAGCGGUCUCCCUCUUGGAGGAGCUCCUGUCCCCCCUCCUCACCCCACUGUUUCUGCUCUUUUGGUUUUGCCCUCGUGCCCUGGAGAUUAUUGACUUUUUUCAUCAUUUCACUGUGGAUGUGGCUGGGGUUGGUGACAUCUGUUCCUUUGCCCUCAUGGAUGUGAAGCGCCACGGCCACCCUCAGUGGCUCUCGGCAGGACAGACAGAGGCCUCGCAGUCUCAGCGUGCAGAGGACGGAAAGACUGAGCUCUCCCUAAUGAGGUUCUCCCUGGUGCACCCACAAUGGCGCCCCCCAGGGCACAGCUCCAAGUUCCUGGGGCAACUUCGAGGCCGGGUACAACAGGAUGCAGCCGCUUUGGGCGCCACCUCGGUUCGCAGCCCUGCCACUCCUGGGGUACUCAGCGACUCUUCCUCACCUCUGCCAGAGGCCUUCUUGGCUAACCUCUUGGUGCACCCCUUUCUGCCCCCACGGGACCUGAGCCCCACAGCCCCCUGCCCAGCUGCAGCCACGGCCAGCCUCCUGGCUUCCAUUUCCCGAAUUGGCCAGGACCACAGUUGUGUGUCCCCUGGAGGUACUGGGGGCCCGAAGCUGGCCCAGCUACCAGAGCUUGCUUCUGCUGAGAUGAGUCUUCAUGCCAUCUACCUGCACCAGCUCCAUCAGCAGCAGCAGCAGGAACUGUGGGGCGAGGCCUCAGCCUCCUCCCUGUCCAGGCCCUGGUCCAGCCCCCCGCAAACACUCUCACCUGAUGAGGAGAAGCCAUCCUGGUCAAGUGAUGGCUCCAGUCCUGCCUCCAGCCCCAGACAGCAGUGGAGAACCCAGAGGACCCAGAAUCUGUUCCCUGGAGGUUUUCAGACCAUGGACACUCAGAAGGAGCCUGGCCAGACCCAUAGCACUGCCUGAGAGGGCUCCUCAGAGUUCCCCAGCUUCUCCAGCCCAGGAGACCAGAAGAGGUGGAGUGGAAGAACAUGCCAAGCCCUUUUUAGGGGCGCCCCCGAGAUGCUUUAGUUGGGCAGGACUUGGGGGUCAAUGACCAUCUGGCCCCAGAGAGCAGAGAAAGAGUAGGAGAGGAGAUGCAAGGGCAUCUGGAAACAUGUCUUAGAGACAAUCCCCACAUGGAGGGGAGAAGGCGACACCCCCCCCCACCCCAUUAGCUGUCCUGGGACAGUUGCUUGGGAACAAGUCCCAGCUGGGAGGCAAGGCCAAGGUGGAGGCCAAGCUCAGUGUACGGGAAACCGUGAGGAACGUGCCUGGGAGGCAGUUGGUUCUUCAGGUUCCCAUGGGAUUUGUGGAGGGGGACACGGGGACUCGUGAGUGGAAAGACUAGCGAGGGCUGAUGUUUUUGGAGUUCGGCAUCAGUAUGACGUUUGAGGAAGUGGGUGUGGCUCCCCAUCCUGUCUGAAACCAGUGGUAAAGGUUGCUCAGGGCUGCUCAUCUUUACGACCUUGGUCUCCAGUGUUCCCAUUCCUGACAGCAGAGGGCGGUACGGCUUCUCAGCCAAGAGUGAGGGAGCAGCUCCCCGGAAUGACUGUGACUGACAGCCUGGCUCCUAGAGAGCUGGGUCAAAGUGGAGUAUGUAGGGUAGGACUGCUCUCCAAGAAUUACCACCCCCACGUCCGCACAAGUUAAAAGACAGAGCUUGUCAUUCUGUAAUUUUAAUCCACAGGGCUGGGUUAGGCAUCUCAGUCGCUCUCAUAACACCUGGUCCAGUCUCUUAUGGUGAAUCUUCAAUAAUAAAUAUUUGAAUGAUUUGGAGAUUAGGUUUUGAGAUAAAAUACUCCUGAGAGAGGUAAGGGAAAUCUAAAAUCCACCUAAAGAACACGGAGAGGGUGGCUCAGUGGCUGAGCAUGAACCUAUGAACCAGGAGAUUGAUUACCUUCUGAGUCCCGCUCAGGGC